AUGCGGCCUCACGGGCUCUAUCGGUCCUUCGGCCUCCUUCAUCGCGCGGCCACUCGUUCGUUCUUGGAGACCGGUGCAGGUCGCCGAUUCGUUCAAACGACAACCACCUCCCCGCCUCGGGUCCCAGACUUUGCCUUUGCCUUCGAUAUCGAUGGUGUCCUUCUCAGAUCCUCCAAGCCCAUCCCCGGCGCCGCGGAGUCAUUAGCUCUCCUCAAGGAACAGGGUAUUCCCUUCAUUCUGUUGACAAAUGGCGGUGGGAAACAUGAGACGGAGAGAGUGGCCGAAAUCAGUGAGAAACUUCAGUUGCCAUUGGAUCCCUCGGUGAUUGUCCAGAGCCAUUCCCCGUUCGCGGAGCUCGUACGCGGACCGGACGAGCAGAGCUCUCUCGAGAACAAGUGCGUGCUAGUAGUCGGAGGCGAUGGCGACCGCUGUCGACAAGUUGCAGAGAGGUACGGUACUUGUGUGCACCAGAAUAACACCGACAAGGCGCAAUUCUGA